AUGGUUUCUGAGGAAACCAAACCAAAGAAGCAAAGAGACGAGGAAUGCAUUAUAAACUGUCUCCCAGGAGAACUCAUUGAGCGGAUAUUUUUGAAGCUUCCAGUGAGCACUUUGUUGAGGUGCACUGGUGUUUGCGAGCAAUGGCACAAAAUCAUCCGAGAUCCCCAGUUUGUCACAUCACACCUCCAGCAUGCAUCCCAUUAUGCCCUUCUGUUCUUCCCACAAGAGUCGGUCUCACGCGAGCCCCAUCCUGCUGAUGCUAUCCUGAUUGAUGAAGCCUCGUCGCUGUCAACAUAUGCAGUGCCAGUGAUUGGGCCUGAUGAUUUCCUUUGUGGUUCAUGCAAUGGGCUUCUUUGCUUAUACACAAAGUCAUCAACACUCAAGAUAGCUAAUCUUGCAACCGGUGAAUUCCUGCAUCUUGAGAAACCUGUAAAGAAUUUGAGGGGUGAUCACUUCUUGUUCUACAACUUUGGGUUUCACCCAUUGACAAAAGAAUACAAGAUUACACACUUCCUUGGUGAUUUCAUCGAGGGUCGCCCUUGCCUGCGUAAUAAUAACAGAUUCAGCGUCAUUCAAGUUUACACGCUUGGUGAUGAGAAAUGGAGGGAUAUCAAAACUCCAGAAGCCCUAAGCUUAAACUGUGUAAAAAACUCUGGAGCGGUCACUAUUGACGGAACACUGUAUUGGCUAAUUGAAGACAUGGUAGCCAGCUGGCAGCAUGCAGUUAUGACCUUCGAUCUCUGUGGAGAAAGUUUUGCACAGAUACAACUGCCAGCAACUAAACCUGAAGAUUUUGCCGCUGGUGGUUCUCGUCGGUACUGGAUCAGAGAGAUGGAUGGCAAGGUAUGUGUAGCGACUGCUCAAACCUGUCCUUCUCUGCCCAGAAGGCUUGUUGGUAAGCUGCAGAUCUGGGAACUUGAGAACAAAACAGAGCAAAGGUGGAUCCAGAAGUACAAUAUUCAGUACUCGCCAGAUUACAUUCCGGGUCCAAAUUUGGUUCAUGGGGAUAAGAUCAUACUGCAACGUCGUGACGGCAACCUAUAUUCCUAUGAGUUGCUCGGGGAGAACUUCAAUACUAAACUGUGUAAGAUGGCAAAGCUGUUAGAUUUCAGUCCCUACAAGCCUGAGAACAUGCAAUCCUAUAUCUGUGUGAAGUCACUUGUACGUUUAGAUGUAUACAAGAAGACUGCCAUUGCGCGUAGGCCAAAACAGCGGGAAGGCUGGGAAUUGAAGAAGUGGGAGGCGUGGGAGCAUGAGCUCUCUGAGAAUGAAAGAAUGUGGAGCGACACUCACCGAGAUGAGCACAAGGAAACUGUCCGUGCGCAACGCUAUCGCAUGAUGAUCAAUAAUCUGCUGCCGCAUAUAUUGGAUGAUACGGUUCGACAGGAAAUCAGCAUGAACAUCAAUCAAAUAUCUCCAAACUUUCCAGAUCAGCAGCCAAGGCCCAUCCGGCGGCUUAAUUGGGUGGCGCAGAAGCGGGAUAUGCAAAAUUUAAAUGCUCGUAUGAAGAAAUAUAAUACUAUUAUGAAGGCUACGGAUGAGGUAACAAGUAGUAUCAUUAGUAUGAUGGGUAGUGCUAUAGAAGAUCAGAAGCGUGCUUCGAGUUCAAAUGCUGGCAUUUCUUCUCAAGAUCUCAGUGAGGGCGAUGAUGUGAAGACUUUGAUACCUGAGAGCCUACCGUGA